CCUUUACUUGUACUUCAACAAUAGACUUAAGUUUGUACAUUCCUUUAUUCUUUUAACUCUUUAUUUUUGCACUUCCAUCGAGUAAGGAAGAAUUUAAUUUGCAAGAAACAAAUCACAUGCGCACAUGCAUGGGAGGUCAUAGUGGUCCUUAUAUUAAACAUUACCUUGAUCAAAAUCAUCGUCACAAAUUUAACGUUAUUUUUCUCUUGUUUGAUAAUAUUGUACUCUCAUUUAUUUUGUCUUCGAUAAUGGCUUCUUCGUCUUCAACAUCUUCUGUUGUGGCUACCCCAAAGGAUCCAUCGAGUGCGGUUCUUAUUCGAGUCGAUCAGUCGGGUCAAGGUAAUUAUAAGAAGAUACAACAGGCUAUUGAUGCUGUGCCAAAGGGCAAUUCUGAGUAUGUCUUCAUUUGGGUUAAGCCUGGAACUUACAGGGAAAAAAUAGUUGUGCCAGUGGACAAACCCUACAUAACUCUAAGUGGAACUCAAGCAAAGGACACCAUUAUAACAUGGGAUGAUGGGGAUGACAUACAUGAUUCUGCCACAGUCUCUGUAUUUGCUUCUAAUUUUGUUGGACGAUAUCUUACCUUUGAGAAUAAGUAUGGAAGAAAAGGGAAAGGUGUAGCCUUAAGAGUAGCAGGAGAUAAGGCAGCAUUUUAUGGAUGUAGGAUGUUAUCAUACCAAGAUACUCUCCUUGAUGAUGUUGGAAGACAUUACUAUAAAAAUUGUUACAUUGAAGGAGUUAUUGAUUUCAUUUUUGGCAAUGCUGCUUCUCUUUUUGAGAGAUGUCAUGUACAUUCGGUAAAUGAAGUUGGAAAAGCAGCAAUAACAGCCCAAAAAAGGGAAACGCCAUGGGAGAAUAGUGGCUUCAUCUUCUUGGGAUGCAAGAUCACAGGCCAAGGGGUAGGAACAACAAUUCUUGGAAGGCCAUGGGGAUCACAUUCCAGGGUCAUUUAUGCGCUUAGUUACAUGUCUAGUGCAAUUUCACCGGAGGGAUGGCAAAAUUGGGGCGAUUCCACCAAGGAGAGUAGUGUGGUCUACGGAGAAUACAAGUGCUAUGGACCCGGAGCUAAUAGAACAAAGAGGAUUGCUUGGUCAAAAGGCCUUUCAAGUGAAGAAGCUGCACCUUUCUUGACUAAGAACUUCAUCGGUGGAAGAGCCUGGCUUAGACCUGCACCUACCAAAUUCAGAAAAGCUUAAUUUAAUAUUCCUCAAAACUCCCAUUGGAACAAAGAAUAUUGUAUAGGAGAGGACUUUUUUCAUAAAAGUUCGAUUCUUAUCAUAAAAGAUUACUAUCUCGCAAUUAACAUAAAUUUAUUUUUAUCUCUAAUAAAAGAGUAAGUAUCUAAAUAAUUAUUUUUGUAUAUAUAUGAUUUUAUGUAAUAAAAAUAAGGA